AUGAGAUUAAGCUAUGAGUGGAGUAAUGAUUUUGGCGAAUGGCUGAGUAGAAUUUCUCCUCGUCGUCAGCAUUUAUUUAUUCUAGUCUCUGGAUUUGGAAUUGGCUCGCUUAUUGGCGAAAGGGCCAAGUAUGAACGCAAAGUUGCCGGCGAAUUUUCUGACAAUUACACCUUGACACAAUACACCGUGAAUAGUGGUAAAAUCGGACAAUUUGAAGAUAAAUGGAAUAAAAAUGCGUUGGUUAUGUCUAAAAAACCUGGGUAUGAAUGGACUAAGCUUUACAAAUCUAUCUAUAGUGAUAACGGUGACACUCAGUAUUUGCAGCUACGUAAGUGGCGUUUUAAGCCUGAAUAUGAUGUUUGCAAUGAAUUUAGUGAAAAAACUGUAGUUGAUAACGUGGAGACGGUUAUUGAUGAUUCGGUGGGAAGGAAUAUACCCUAUUGA